ACAUGAGCUCACAGAACAGUGAAUAUAUGCUACAGACUUGCAUUGCAGGGGGGAAGGGUUUUGAUUCACAGUUUGUGGCAGGCAGUGGAUGAAGAGAUCUACUUGGAGGCAAAACACGUAGAGCAUCGGAGUCACACAAGGACAACAGAAAGGAUAUCCUGAGGAAAAAGAGAGUAGAGCCAUCUUGAGGAUGAAGUGUGUUCCUGUUGCUGUAUUAUUGAGUCUCCUCUCAACGGGACACGCUGCUCCUGUAAGCAGCUGUGACGGCCUGGUGAAACCAAUCACCAUCAGCAAUGAAGAGAUCCGGGGUCGGUGGCUGUACAUCGGGGGGAGCUCCGACCUCCCAGGAAGUCGCUCCCUGGGCCACCUGCUGACCAGCGUGUGGUUGGACAUAACCGCCACCAGCCAGAGCAACGUCCUGAAUCUCAUCCAGACUCAGCAAAUAUACGGUGAAUGUUCAAGCUUGACCUACAACGUGACCUUUGAAAAUAGCACAAUGUUAAUUGAGCAACCUUUCUACCUGAAGGAAGUCUAUCUGCCCACCGACAGCUCAGACCAUCUAGUUGUCUAUGAAGAAGUUAUCUCUGGCAAAGACACUUUCACCAGUCUUAUGCUUUUUGGCCGGAGAAAGAACGUCUCACCUGUCGCUCUGGAGACGCUGCAGAAACAAGCAGAAUGUCUCCGCAUGCCAUCGCCCAUAAUAAUAAACCCAAACUACGAAAUCUGCCCGGACGACAUCCCGCCGUCAGAAGGGCUCAGCGCACUCAACACCUUGUUGGAGGCCAAGAUGGGACAUCGAGUUGCGAGACUCCUGGACACUUUCUUCGACAUGUUUGUGAACUGAUUUAGAUGUAGAUUUGAUUUGUGAUGUACGUCUUUUUGAAUGAGUAAUCAUAAAUAUUUACUGAUAUACAGUAACUGUGUAUGAUACUGGUAUUAAUUUAGUAUUAAUUACUAAGUAAUAAAAUGUAUUAAA